CCAUGGCUGAAAUGAGUAAUAGUAACUUCAGUAAAACAACCAGUAUUCAGCAAGCAAUAGCUUCUUGUUGUGGAGCUAUAAUUACAUCAUUAUUUGUAACUCCUCUUGAUGUUGUCAAAACUCGACUGCAAGCCCAAAGCAAUCCAUUCCCCAAAGGAAAGUGUUUUGUAUACUCCAGUGGCCUUAUGGAUCAUAUAUGUGUGUGUGAGAGCGGGGACAGCAAAGGCUGGUAUAGGAAAAAUGGACAUUUCAAAGGGACAUUGGAUGCAUUUGUAAAAAUUAUUAAAAUAGAAGGAAUUAAAUCACUGUGGAGUGGACUUCCACCAACACUAAUAAUAGCACUUCCUACCACAGUUAUCUAUUUCACCUGCUAUGACCAACUGAGUGAAGCUCUGAAGUCCAGACUAGGAAAGGAUAAUGAUCACAUUCCAACAGUUGCAGGUUCCUUAAGCAGAUUUGGUUCAGUUACUGUAGUGAGCCCCCUGGAGCUGAUCAGAAAUAGAAUGCAGUAUUGGAAGUUGUCCUGCAAGCAACUGCACAUGUGCAUCAGCAGUAAAGUGGCUAGAGAUGGGUGGCUUUCCCUGUGGAGAGGCUGGAGUUCUACUGUUCUGAGAGAUGUGCCUUUCUCAGCAAUGUACUGGUGUAAUUAUGAACGCUUCAAGAAGAUGAUAUGCAAGAAUCUUGGUGCACACAAACCAACAUUUUUUAUUGCUUUUACUUCCAGGGCAGCAUCUGGCUCUAUUGCAGCUGUCAUAACUCUGCCAUUUGAUGUAGUGAAAACACAGCAGACUGAACUUUGGGAGAGUGAGACCUUAAAAAUUCCACAGAGUGCAUCAACCUGGGCAGUUAUGAGGAAAAUUGUCGCUAAAAAUGGGAUUGCUGGAUUAUUUGCUGGUAUUGUUCCACGGCUGUUUAAACUUGCUCCUGCCUGUGCCAUAAUGAUCAGCACAUAUGAACACGGGAAGUCUUUCUUUAGUCAUUUAUAUGAAAAAUCAAACCAACAUCCUUAA